AUGUCGACCCCUUUGAGCGCCGCGAGCGCCGCCGACACGCCUCCGGGCAUACCGGGCGUGCUAUCGCUCUACCAGCGCACGCCGACGACGCUGAGCUACCACGACAGCUCGCCGUCGUCGCCGCACACGCUCGUAUUUGUGCCCGGACUGACGGACACGCUGGCCUCGGUGCCCUACCUCGCCCUCCUCGUGCCCAUGCUGCACGCGCACGGCUUCUCGCUCGUCCAGCCGCUGCUCACGUCCAACAUGUCCGGGUGGGGCCUGGCGACGCUCGAGGGCGACGCCCAGGAACUCGCACGCUGCCUCGCCCACCUCCGCCGCUCGCCCGCCAAAGCGCAUGGAAAGGUCGUUAUCAUGGGUCACUCGACUGGAUGCCAGGACGUCGUCACCUUCCUCCUCAGCCAGGCGAGGACAGAGGAUGACAGCACAAAGGUCGACGCGGCCAUCCUCCAGGCUCCCGUCAGCGAUCGCGAGGAUUACGAGUGGAGGCGCUCCCAGCUCGCCGACGACGAGCAGAGGAAAGAGUGGGACCAGAGGAUGCAGCACGCCCGCACACUGGUGCAGCAGCGAAAGGGCGGCGAGGUCCUCGCUCGUCUGUUUUCGUCGUCGUCGUGGUCGUCGAGUCAAAACGACGACGUGCUCCCACCCACCGAUCCCUUUGCCACCACCUCCGCCGCCGCCGUCGCAAUCGACAACGACGACGACGACGACGACGACAAGGACGGCCAGACAACGACAACGGGCGGCAACUCGAAAGCCGCGCUCACAUCCGCCUUUACCGCCUACCGCUUCACGUCCCUGUACGACCGGGGCGGCGACGACGAUCUCUUCUCGUCGAGCCUGUCGGACGACGAGAUCGUCUCGACGCAGCCACGUCGCAGGACCAUGGGGGCGGCGCUGCGCAACCUCGUCGUCGCCGCUUCCCAUCGCCGCGGCAGCCAGGGCGGAAACGACGAGGCGUCGACGCUACGCAUGCUCGCCAUCAUGUCGGACCGCGACGAGUACAGGUGGAACUCGCUCCUCGCCCCAGCAGACGCGGCGACGCAGCCGUUCCAGGCGCGCAUCCUCGAGGGCGGCAACCACAAGGUCGACGAUCCCGACGCCCAGAGGCGGCUCGUCGCAAUGGUCCAAGACGUCGUACUGGGACUGCUCUAG